AUGGCUCACGCAAACCCCGUGCCUAAACUCUACAGAUCUAUUAUUGAAGAUGUGAUUGAAGGUGUCUGGGAACUCUUUGCAGAAGAAGGUGUGGAGGAACAGGUCUUGAAAGACUUGAAGCAGCUUUGGGAAGCUAAGGUGACUCAGUCUAAAGCAACAGAAGGCUUCUUCAAGCAUAGCCACUAUUCACCCCAGUUCACCUUGCAGUUGCCACACAACUUACAUCGCACACUUCAGACAUCAACAGCUUCUUUAGUCAUCCCUGCUGGCAGAGGUAUUCAACAAUUCACAACAGCAGACCUGGAUGCUUCACGAACCGGUGCAACUUUGACUCUCCCUUCGGGUAUCGCUUAUCCUAUCCAUGUACCUGCUGGAGUAACGCUACAGACUGCAUCUGGGCACCUCUAUAAGGUAAAUAUGCCUGUUAUGGUUACACAGGCCCCAGGAGGUACAAGUAUUCUGCAGCAUCCUAUUCAGCAAAUAUUUCAGCAGCUUGGGCAGCCUUCAGUACUGCAGGCCAGUAUUGCCACUGUUGCACAGGUGAAUGCAUCUUCUGUUCCGGCAACUGCUGAAAGACUACAAACCCAGGAAGCCCCACUCCAGCAGCCCACUGUACUGCAACAAAGGGGAGUGGAAGCAAAACACUCGGAAAACUCUGCAAAUGCUACUCUAUUACAGCAACCUACUAGGAGUCAGCAGCAAGUUACAACUAAUACAAUUUUGAAUCAUCAGGCAAACUCAACAGAAAAUUUCCAAUACACCAACCUUCAAACAGCUGUGUUUACUUCAAAAUCCUCUGAAAUGGAUUCUACCACUGAACCAAUGGCAAGCGGUUCAUUCAGCAUAACUCGGAGUGUGCAAGACCAAUUGUCCACAGAGCUACAAGAUUCAGUGCAGCAACAGGUGUCUGAUGAUAUCAUUGAGAUGAUUAUUCUGGGUAAUGGCUUGGAUGCUAGUACCCUUCUAAAAGAGCAGGACAGCAUUUCUGUCACUGAAGAGAUGGAACCUACUGUACUGAUGGAAUCUGACAUACGGACAGAAAAGGAUAUCUGCAGUGACAUUGAAGGGAUCAUUCAGCUAGAUGGAAUUGAUGAUGUUUUUCCUAAGGAGGAAAUAGAAAGUACAAGAGAUGUGGAAGAAAAUGAAUUUAUUGGUAUUAUUGAUGCGGAGGAUCUGAAAGUGUUGGAGGAGGAGGAAGAUGAAGAAGGUGACAGUAUUUCAAAUGCUGAAUCCAGCGGCAGCAGUGAUACUGAAGAGCCCCAGAUAGACAUAAUUGAGGAGGAUCCUUUAAAUUCUGGUGAUGAUGUCAGUGAGCAGGACACACCAGACUUGUUUGACACAGAUAACGUUAUAGUUUGUCAGUAUGACAAGAUUCAUCGAAGUAAGAACAAAUGGAAGUUCUAUUUGAAAGAUGGAGUAAUGUGCUUUGGAGGUAAAGACUAUGUGUUCGCAAAAGCCAUUGGAGAUGCGGAGUGGUAA